AUGGGAGGAUUUCGCGGAGUCUCGUCGGCCGUGCCGAUUCGAGUUCGUCGCGCGCCAGACGGCCGGCAGACUAGAGAAAGGCGCGUGACUCAGUGGUGGGCACCGCGCCGUCGAGUGCAUUGCACCGAGGUCGAGUCUCGGCACUGGGCCCGGUUGCGUGGCGAUAGUGGGAGCGUGUCGACAACUCGCCACUGUACCUACAAGGAAACCUUAGUUCGUCUUUGGGAGUUCCAGUGGCGUGGGACCAGCGUUCCUAAUUCUCGAGGCUCGCCCAUCACUUGCUCCGUAACAAUGAGGAAUGCAAUCGAGAUAAGGCGUUCGGGAGUUACAGGCGGCGGCGGCACGCCAACUUUCUCCCCCCACGGCAGCGGCUGCGGAGUGUCGAGGGCGGCGAUAAAUCAUGCGGGCCGACCCGCUAUUGCGGAUUGUCGCGUGGGACGGGUAGGCACUCCGGUGCGAGUCAUGAGCGAGAGCGGAAGG